GGGAUAUUCCGGGAUGGCAGCACACGCGGUGCCGCGGUGCCGGGCGCUGCGCCGUGACCGUGGCACCGGGGCCGCCGUGUCCGGCACUGACCGUGGCACCGGGGCCGCCGUGUCCGGCACUGACCGUGGCACCGGGGCCGCCGUGUCCGGCACUGACCGUGGCACCGUGGCCGCCGUGUCCGGCACUGACCGUGGCGCCGUGGCCGCCGUGUCCGGCACUGACCGUGGCACCGGGGCCGCCGUGUCCGGCACUGACCGUGGCACCGGGGCCGCCGUGUCCGGCACUGACCGCGGUGCCGUGGCCGCAGCGGUGCAGACGCGCUUCGUGGAGGAGCCCGAGGACCAGACGGUGGUGGCCGGGCAGAGAAUCGUCCUGUCCUGCGUGGUGCUCAACUACUCCGGCAUCGUGCAAUGGACCAAGGACGGGCUGGCCCUGGGCAUGGGGCAGGGCCUCAAAGCCUGGCCCCGGUACCGCAUCGUGGGCACGGCCGACUCGGGCCAGUACAACCUGGAGAUCCGCGACGCCGAGCUCUCCGAUGACGCCGUCUACGAGUGCCAGGCCACCGAGGCCGCGCUGCGCUCGCGCCGCGCCCGGCUCACCGUGCUCAUCCCCCCCGAGGACCCCACGAUCGACGGCGCCCCCGAGAUCCUGCUCAGGGCGGGGACCCCCUACAACCUGACGUGCCGGGCGCGGAGCGCCAAACCCGCGGCCACGCUGGCCUGGUUCCGCGACGGGAUGGAGCAGGACGGGGCUGUCACCAGCACGGAGCUCCUGGCCGACGGGAAGCGCGAGAGCACCACGAGCCUGCUGCCCAUCACGCCCUCGGAGCUGGACAUCGGCCGCGUCUUCUCCUGCCGCAGCUCCAACGAGGCCGUGCCGGGCGGCAAGGAGAGCUCCGUGCGCCUCAACGUGCACCACCCCCCGACGGUGACCCUGUCCAUCCAGCCACAGACGGUGCAGGAGGGCGAGAGGGUCGUGUUCACCUGCAUGGCCACGGCCAACCCCGAGAUCAAAGGGUACAGGUGGGCCAAGGGCGGGGUGAUCAUCGAGGAGGCCAAGGAGAACAGGUACGACACGCAGGUGGAUUACACCUUCUUCACGGAGCCCGUCAGCUGCGAGGUGCACAACGACAUCGGCAGCACCAACGUCAGCACCCUGGUGGACGUGCACUUCGCCCCCCGGAUCGUGGUGGACCCCAAGCCCACGGUGACCGACAUCGGCUCGGACGUCACCCUGACGUGCGUGUGGUCGGGGAACCCCCCGCUGACCCUCACCUGGACCAAGAAGGAAUCCAACAUGGUGCUGAGCAACAGCAACCAGCUGUACCUCAAGUCGGUGACGCAGGCGGACGCCGGCCAGUACGUGUGCAAGGCCAUCGUGCCGCGCAUCGGCGUGGGCGAGAGGGAGGUCACGCUCUUCGUCAACGGCCCCCCGAUCAUCUCCAGCGAGCCCGUGCAGUUCGCCGUGCGCGGCGACCGCGGCAAGGUCGAGUGCUUCAUCGGCAGCACGCCGCCCCCCGACCGCAUCGCGUGGGCGUGGAAGGAGAACAUUCUGGAAGCGGGGACGCUGGAGCGCUACACGGUGGAGAGGAGCAACACGGGCAGCGGGGUCCUGUCCACGCUGACCAUCAACAACGUCAUGGACGCCGACUUCCAGACGCGCUACAACUGCACGGCCUGGAACAGCUUCGGGCCCGGCACGGCCAUCAUCCAGCUCGAGGAGAGAGAGGUGCUGCCCGUGGGCAUCAUCGCCGGGGCCACCAUCGGCGCCAGCAUCCUCCUCAUCAGCUGCCUGCUGGCCCUGGCCUGCUUCCUCUACCGGCGCCGCAAAGGAAGCCGCAAGGACGUCACGCUGCGCAAGCUGGACAUCAAGGUGGAGACGGUGAACCGGGAGCCGCUGACGCUGCACACGGACCGGGAGGAGGACACGGCCAGCGUGUCCACGGCCACGCGCGUCAUGAAGGCCAUCUACUCGUCGUUCAAGGACGACGUGGACCUGAAGCAGGACCUGCGCUGCGACACCAUCGACACCCGCGAGGAGUACGAGCUCAAGGACCCCACCAACGGCUACUACAACGUGCGCGCCCACGAGGAGCGCCCGGCGUCGCGCUCGGUGCUCUACGGCGAUUACCGCGCGCCCGGCCCCGGCGGGCCCCGCUUCGAGCCGCGGCCGCCCUCGCGCCUCUCGCACUCCAGCGGCUACGCCCAGCUCAGCUCGUACCCCCGCGGCGGCGCCGAGUUCCCCGGCGAGGCGGCGGCGGCGGCGCCCCCGGGCUCGGCGGUGCCGGCGGGGGACACGAGCAGCCAGCUGUCCUACGAGAACUACGCGGGUGUUGGCGUUGGUGUCGGUGUCGGCGUCGCGUUCCCCGGCCCCACGGCGGCGGCGUUCCCGCCCUACCGGCUGGGCUUCGGCGGAGCCUACGAGCCCUACGAGGCCGUGGGCAAGUUCGGCGGCGGCGCGGCGCGGUUCUCGUACACGUCGCAGCACUCGGACUACGGGCAGCGCUUCCAGCAGCGCAUGCAGACGCACGUCUAGGGCGGGCGGGGCUCCCUGAUAUUCAGGGCUCUGCCCGCCCCGAUCGACCCCGUCCCCGCGGGUUCCUUGGAGCUUCCGUUCAUUCCGUUGGUUUUGCCGGUACUUCCCAGCCUGCCCCGGCGGGUGGAGGGGUUGUGGC